AUGUCUACUGAAAAAAUCUCUUUCUUAUUGAACUGGCAACCAACACCAUAUCACAUUCCUAUUUACUUGGCUCAAACUAAAGGUUUGUUUGCUAAGCAUGGAGUUGAUAUGGCCAUCUUAGAACCAUCUAACCCUUCGGAUGUAACUGAGUUAAUUGGUCUGGGUAAGGUUGAUAUGGGUUUGAAAGCUAUGAUCCAUACUUUGGCUGCGAAAGCCCGUGGGUUCCCAGUUACUUCUGUUGGAUCACUUUUAGAUGAACCUUUCACCGGAGUGGUUUAUUUAGAAGGUAGUGGAAUCACUACCGAUUUCCAAUCACUUAAGGGCAAACGUAUUGGAUAUGUUGGGGAAUUUGGUAAGAUUCAAGUGGAUGAAUUGACCAAACAUUAUGGUAUGACUCCCAAUGACUAUACUGCUGUUAGAUGUGGUAUGAAUGUUGCAAAAUACAUCAUUGAAGGAAAGAUUGAUGCAGGUAUUGGUAUCGAAUGUAUUCAACUGGUUGAAUUGGAAGAGUACUGUCGUUCUGUUGGUAGACCAGUUACUGAUGCUAAAAUGCUUAGAAUUGAUAAGUUGGCCGAAUUAGGUUGUUGCUGUUUCUGCACCAUCUUAUAUAUUGCCAAUGAUGAAUUCUUGGCUGCUAACCCAGAAAAGGUCAAGAGAUUCUUAAGAGCUGUUAAAGAGGCAACUGACUAUAUUUUGGCAAACCCUAAGGAAGCUUGGAGUGAAUAUUGCGACUUUAAGCCCCAAAUGAACACUCCAUUGAAUUUGAAGAAGUUCCAAAGAUGUUUUGCUUAUAUGUCUGAGUCUUUGUACAAUGUUCACAGAGAUUGGAAAAAGGUUACUGGUUACGGUAAGAGAUUGGAAAUCUUACCACCAGACUAUGUCCCUAACUACACCAAUGGGUUAUUGGAAUGGCCUGAACCAAAGGAAGCCGAGGAUCCACUUGAAAACCAACGGAGAAUUGCUGUUCAUCAAGAAGAAUGUAGAUCUUGUGGUUCCUUCAAGAGAGCCAUUCUUACGUAA